CAAAAAAAAAAAAAAAAUCCUAUCCAGAAAGAGCUCUCCUCUCGCCAUCAGCCGUAUUCUCCGAUCCGUCGACCUUAAACUCCGGCGUGUGAAGCCGUUUUCUCCUCUCGUCAGCUGUAUUCUUAAAUCCUAAUCCUCUGAUCGAUCAUGGAUCGCAUUCCAUCGAUUUCUUCUGGUACUCUCUGAACUUGAUCUCGAGCCUUAUUUAGUUCCGGAUUCCGUAAUCUGAUUUGUGCAUGUAGAUUGCUAGAAAUGCAGUGCGCGAAUCAGAGGCAAGAUUUGGCUUCCGUUCUUCUCAUUUUCAUAGAUUGAUUUCCUAAAAUGAUCUAUGCAAUUCAUCCCGAUGUCAACAACAGCCAGCCAUCUCGGAUUUCGUUAAAUCUUUGCUCUCACUAGUAAUAGAUAAGUUCAACCGUUUGUGUGCAUGGAAAUUGGAAGCCUCUGCUGUUCUUCUUUCCAAAUGAUAGAAUUGAACCCUAUUUCCGGUAGGGUUUCAGAAGCAACAUUUUGCCCCCUCUAUUUUCUUGCUGCUGCUGUAUUUUUUUGCCAAUUAGUAUUAAUUUAGUCCAAUUUGCUUUGGUUACAGGCUAACAACAGAAGUGGUGGUUGUUAUUAACUUGUACAAGGAUUGCUUGUGGAGAUUGGAUGAUUGGUUAUGUCAUACAAAUAGAACUAUGCUAAUGGGUUGUGGAUGUUGGUAGAAUCUGGAUUUGGAGUAAGGACUCAUAAUUCCAAGUUUCCCUUCUGCAGCUCCAUUUUGAGCAAAGUAAAGUCACAUCUUGAGAUAUUCAUAUUACAAUUGUAUCUGUUCAAGAUAGGGAGAGGGAGCUGACAUGGCGUCUCUACAGUUCGGAUUAUCCUCUUCCUUCGCGAGCCUUCCGACAGCCUCCUGCUUCCGUCGGGUGUCAGUUCGCUGCUCCGGCGAUCGGCAGGUCCUCUUCAAUCGUAUCGCUCCUGUCUAUGACAAUCUUAAUGAUUUGCUGAGCUUGGGCCAGCAUCGAGUGUGGAAACGAAUGGCCAUUUCUUGGACUGGAGCCAAGGAGAAGGACACAGUUCUGGAUAUAUGCUGUGGAAGUGGGGAUUUGACGUUUCUUUUGUCUGAGAAAGUUGGGCCUACUGGCAAGGUAAUAGGGGUGGAUUUCUCAAAAGAGCAGCUGAAUGUUGCUUCAUCUCGGCAGAACUCCCGCUGGAGAGCAUGCUACGAGAGCAUAGAGUUUGUAGAGGGCGACGCCACUGAUUUGCCUUUCUCCAAUUGUCAAUUUGAUGCCAUCACCAUGGGGUAUGGUCUACGGAAUGUGGUGGACAAGAAAAAGGCAAUGCAGGAGAUGUUUCGAGUCCUCAAACCAGGGGGAAAAGCAUCCAUUCUGGACUUCAAUAAGAGCACCAAACCAUUUGUUGCCUCGUUUCAGGAAUGGAUGAUCGACAAUGUAGUUGUACCUGUGGCAACCGGAUAUGGACUGGCAGAGGAGUAUGAAUACUUGAAGAACUCUAUUAGAGAAUUUUUAACUGGAAAGGAGUUGGAGGAACUUGCUGUACAAGCUGGUUUCUCCAUGGCCUCGCAUUAUGAGAUCAGUGGGGGAUUGAUGGGGAACCUUGUAGUGACUCGGUAGACUGGAUUGUGGCUCUAUUGGGUCUAUGAUCCUUAAAUUACUCUAGGUAACUGAAUAUCUGUGUGAAUGAAAGCUGAUUUCUGCUGACAUCGAAAGGUCUCUGGAACCACAAGUCGAAUGGUGUCAACCAAUCUUAUUUCUCGGGAUCUCUCAUCACUCUUUGGUGCAAGUGUAAAAGUCCAACAGCAAACAGUAAGAUGAAUUCAUUCUAGUGAUGCAUGGAGAAUGCUCUACUUAAUUUGGGAAGUAGUUCGUUUUCAAGGUUUGCGACGCCCCCCUCUAGCAUGCUAUUUUACAUGUCUUUAACUGAAUACACUUCCGAGUUCCCAAGUUACUUUUACUUCACAGUUCAUACUGCAAACAAUGCAUGGCAGCAAGCAGGCCGCCAUUUGCAAGGUCAGAAUGAGAAGGGAAUUGAUCUUGUUACAUGGCAUAAGAUCACAAAAUAUAUAUAUGGGCUCCACUUGUAACCUACCUACCUUCAACUCAAUAAUCCAAUGCCAAUCCACUAGUGAAACCAAGCAGACCUCAUAUUGGGUGGAAAGAACUGUUGUCAACAAUAGCAACUGAUUUAGGUUCAGAUUGCGACAUGAAAAACUCCCAACUCUCAAGAAGUCAUACCUGGGGACUGGGGUUGCUGUUGUGGUGGUUGUGCAACAUUUGGUUUGGAUUGUACAUUUCU